GCUUUGAGUUUCAGUUUCCUUCCUUUCAAACAGGAAAGGCACUGGGUCUCAGCACAACCUUCUGUCUCCAGUGUGACUUCUACAUAAGCCAGAGAGAGCAGUUGAUAGUCCAUUUACAUCCAAUUCUUAAAAACAGAUUCAGAACAAUGGAAGUGACAACCAGAUUGACAUGGAAUGAGGAAAAAAGUCUGCAAAAGCUGCUUGGAAGUGUUUCCUUGAGUCUUCUUUAUAAAUCCAGUGUCCAUGGAUGUUCCCUUAGUAAGAUGUUUGCUAGGUGCAAUCAUCAGGGAUCCACUAUAACAGUGAUUUACCUUCCUAAAGAAAUUGUUGGGGUUUUUAUCCGAGGGCACUAUCCUACAAUGGAUGUAAAUUUUGGAAAACCAAACUCUUCCUUCUAUUUUUCAUUAAAAAAUGAUGAAACUGAAAUAAAAACUGCAUUUUUAAAUACGACACUACAAAUGGAUAAUGAAAUGCUGAGGGCUUAUCACCCUAAUUUUAAGGACAUUUUCUCCUUAAUUCCAAAUGAUUCCUUAGUUCGUCUACAUUCAUUGUUAGUAAAUGAAUUAAGAGUAAAUUUCAAGGUCUCAAAAUAUUUGGAAUGUGAAGUUUUUCGAGUUGAAGGAAUUGAGGAUGGUAACAGCUACAUAAGCAGGAUAACAGGAGCCGCACAGCAUAGACAUAAGCUCUUAGCAAACCUCAGAGCCUACAAACCCUCUGAAGAUUUGGUUUCAGAAAUUCGUAUUCUUUUGCUGGGUCCAGUUGGGUCUGGAAAGUCCAGUUUUUUCAAUUCAGUGAAGUCUGUUUUCCAAGGCUAUGUGACUCACCAAGCCGCUGUGGGGUCCGAUAGUACCAGCAUUACUGAACUGUAUAGGAUAUAUUCUAUUAAAGAUGGAAAAGAUGGAGAAUCUCUGCCAUUUAAGUUGUGUGACUCCAUGGGGCUGGAUGAGAAAGAAGGAGCAGGAUUGUGUAUGGAUGACAUACGCCACAUCUUAAAAGGCUGCAUGCCAGACAGAUAUCAUUUUAAUCCCCAGCAACCAAUUACAUCCAGACAUCCUAGCUUCAUCACCUCUCCAUCAUGGAAGGACAGGAUUCAUUGUGUGGCUUAUGUCUUGGAUAGCAGGUCUAUCAACAUUCUGUCCUCUAAAAUGGUGGAAAAGUUAAAGCGAGUUCAAAAAGAAGUAUUAAACUGUGGUAUACAACAGGUAGUCUUGCUUACUAAUGUGACAAAUUACCAGGAAGUUCUUCAAGAUGACUUUUUAAACAUGAAAAAGUGUGUGACUUCUGGAUACAAGAUAACGGAAGUUCAAGAAAUGCUACACAUUCCUACUUCUAAUAUUUUGAUGGUUGAAAAUUAUGCUUCAGAAUUGGAACUGAACCCUUUAAAGGACAUCCUGAUCCUCUCUGCUCUGAGGCAGAUGUUACGAGCUGCAGAUGACUACUUAGAUGAUUUGCCUUUUGAGGAAACAGAUGAAGUUGUGGGAAUGUCCCAGCUCCAUACGUGUGAUUAGUUGCCCUGAUUCUGACAGUUGGCCCAAACAUGGAUUGGCAAGCCUCAGUCAGAGUUGCUCUCUGCUGCCAGCCUCUUUGAGACUCUGUGUUCAUCAUACUUUGCCUUCUGUCCCUGACAGUAUCUGAUAGUUCAUUCUAGAAUCAGUCUAACCUCAAGGUUAAAGGCCAACCCUAAGCAGUGGUGGGCCAAAAUAUCCCUACUGUAAACCACCCUUCUUAUUUCUGUACCAUUUGCAAUUUAAUUUCUGUGACACAUUCUUAACCCCCCCUAGUCAAAUUAACUAUUUCUUUAUCUAUUAAUUUAUAACACUUUAAUUAACACUCUAUGUGAGUAGUAUUCAUAUUGAAUAAUAACAGUACAAUGACUACACAGAUACCUGGUUCCCUAAAUAGGCCAUGAAUACUUUAAGAAGCCAGGUUUGGAUUUUACUUAUUUUUGUGUUCACAGAACUUUACAUAGUAUCUGGCAGGAAGCAAGCAUACCAGUCAUUAUGCAUCCCCUUUGACCUUCCCAGAAUGGCAAUGUGUACUUAAGUUUUUCUCCUUAUAAAAAAGAAGACUAGGAAACAAUGAAACGCUAGA